UCAUAUCCACAUGACAACUGCUAAUGAACUGGAAGCUGUUCCACAUGGUUGUAUGUGUUGUUGAACAACGCACAUAACGUUAGUUGUUUAGAUAUAACGUUACUUGAGGUCGGUUCUUUUGAUAUAUCGCAUGUUACUAAUAGAAAAUGCAUUCUUUAAAUAACGUUUAAAUAACGUUGCUUAUACUUUGACCCUGAAGGGCAAGUUAGCUUUUUGGUUAGCAGCUGCAUCUAACUUCUUAAACCAGGUUUGCUGCUCUUAGUCAGAUUAACAGUUAGUGUUCGGCUGGUUUUGUGUGUAAAUCAGCAGGUCUACCUGAUUGACCAGUUGAGAAAUAAAAAAAUAUAAAGCCAGACUGCUUGAAACCAGCAAACUACCUUUAACUGAUUAAAGCUGUUUAAGCAUAUCUUAAGUUACCAAAUUAUUAAAGGCAAAUAUGCAGUUAUGGAAAACGAGUAUCCAAGUCUUCAGAGUCUCAAACCGAACUAGGAGAUGUUUGGCUGGACUGAAUGAGUUAUAUAUUACACCAGCAUCUUUAACACAACAUGCAGCAUAUACUUGCACAAGAGCACUUUUCUUUCCAAGAGACAGUGUUUCAAAGUCAGAUGAGAGAUUUUCCUCUAAUAAACUCAAAAAGACAUUUGUGUCUAGAGAGCGUAAAUAUGCUGCUACCAGAGAUGAUUUUCUCAAAUCCACAAAAACACAGAGGAGAGAAUCUCAUGCAGCUCCAUCUUCAAAAACAGAGAGAAAAUUGUCAUCAGAUCUUCAGAAACUGAGGUUUGAUGAUUUCAGUGAGUCAGAAACCAGAAGGAUGUUGCGGGAUAUCCAAAAAGACUCAGAGUCAAAUGAAGACUUGGAAAUUUUGUUUGGGGUGGGCCCUUGUUUGCUGGCCCUCACUCAGGGCAGAAGGAGGCCGAGUCGUCUUUUUGUGAAGAACGGCGAGGGGCCGCAGAGAGAUGUGAUUUUGAGGGUCUGUCAGGAGGCUGUCAGUCGUGGUGUGCAGAUACAGAGAGUCAGUAAGCAAACACUUGACAAGAUGUGUGGUGGCAAGGUGCACCAAGGAUUGUGUCUGCAGGCAAGUUCUCUUGGGUUUAUUAACGUGGAAAGACGAAUAACAUCUCAUGAGGCGAAGAAUCACAGGGCAUUAUGGCUGGUUUUGGAUGGAGUGCAGGAUCCGAUGAACCUUGGAGCCAUUUUGAGGUCUGCGUACUUCCUGGGAGUGGAUCGGAUUGCCUGCAGCAUUCAAAACAGCUGUCCUCUGACGCCCACAGUGAGUAAAGCCAGUGCUGGUGUGAUGGAGAUCAUGGAAGUGUUUGGCUACAGCAACUUGAAAGAUAUGAUAAAGGUGAAAGCGGAACAUGGUUGGCAAGUAGUCGGCACUGUUGGAUUAGAGGAAGCCAACCCGGAAUCCCCUGUUAGGCCAUGUUCAGAUUUCAAGAUAUCCAGACCCACACUGCUGUUAAUGGGUGGAGAGGGUGACGGUCUGUCUCCAGAACUGCGUCAGCUGUGUGAUAUCCUACUCACCAUCCCUCCACGCAGAAACCUGCACCCUGGAGUAGAAUCUCUCAAUGUGUCUGUAGCCACAGGCAUCUUGCUGCACUCUCUUCUGUCCACACGCACAGGAAGAUGAUGAUGGUGAUGAUGAUGAUGAUGGCAACAAGGACAAGGCAUCAGCCUGAUUUACUCAGAUGUCUCUCAUUAGCCUCCUACAGUGAUUAAUGACUGGAUUACUUCAUCAAUUAACAGUCUGAGAGUCUGGUGAGGCCCAUUGAUCAGAUAAAGAGAGCAUGUAGAUGCAUUCUGGUCCAGUUACUGACUAUGACUGCCUUGUUUAAUACAAGACCUGCACUUUACAGGGUCUCCAAUCAUCUGGGAAAGAGUCCUUCUAAAAACAGAGGUGUAAUGUUUAAUUAUUCGCCUUGUUCCUGAAACAUGUUAAUUAGUUAACAUUAGCCACAUGAAAAUGGAUGAAAAUUCAAGUUAAUUUCAUUUUAAAUAAAUAUGCUGUAGAUGGUUAUGUUUAUUGAUCAUUUUUUUGAAAAUUCCCAUUAAGCUGAAUACGUAGUUAACUAUUUGCAGUUUAUAUACCCAGUUGACCCAUGCUGUGUAUUUUCAUUGAUGGAUUUGGCAGUUGCUUUCAAACAACUGUGUCUCGCAGAUUGAAGGUAUACA